AUGGAGCGUUCAGAGGUUCAGGAGCAAGCCAAACAAACCAGCGGGGUGGUACGGAGGAUGGGGCUCGCCAUCAUCGUGCUCGCCACCAUCGUGCUCGCAGUCAGCAUCGUCGCUGGCGUUUGCGGGGCUGGCCUGUGUGGCUCAGAUCCGACGCCGCCCUCCCCUCCGCCCUCCUCUCCGCCCUUCUCGCCUCCGACUUCGGACGAAGAAAUCAAGGCCGCCUUAACAAGCCGACCUGGCGAGGCCUUCAUCCUGACUUGCCGGCAAGCGAAAGAGUUUGGCUUGUGCCAGGCGAGCCCAGUAUGCGACGGGGCGUGCGUCGAGGUUGUGCUGAGCUUCUGCCACGAGACUUGCCCUGCCACUUCAGAGUCUUACACAAAUACCACUGACGUAGAGCUUGGGCCGUCCGAUGUGGACAACUUAUUGCCGAUCCCCAUCGAGCGGAUGAACACAGAGAUGUUGUCCGCGAUUGAGGCAGGCACUAGCUCGAUCUAUUGCGGCAACCAGUGCCGUUGGUAUCACGGCUUCUUCGACCGAUCCAUCGAGGGCACACCAGGCCCGGGCACAGCAGGCUCAGGUGGGUUGAGCCCUCGAUGGUGCCGUUGCAAUAGGCAAGGAACCGCACUGCCGCGCGUGCCGUACAUGACCACCGACCACCCAAAGAAGGGUCCACCUACCGUGCCACCCUCGUGGCUGCCAAAUGCGCAAUGCUUCGCGGCAGGCUGCGUCUCUCCUAUCACUAACUGCACGCCAACGACGAUUCUUGGCCAGCCUGUGUGCAGCUCGAUUACGUACAAAUACGCCAAACCGUUCGACCCGGACUACUGGGCUGACGAGUACUCGACCGAGUACCUGUGCAUACUCGGCAACAACGAGAAAUUCCCCAAGAGUGUGAGCAAGCGCGAGGUGAUGGCAAAGUGCGGGCAAGCAGAUGCCGAACAGGAGCAUUCCGAGUGUCAGAAGGCGAAGGCUGAGAUCGAGAGCGAUGGCUCGAAGGUCCUCCACUGCGGGAAGUGCAGCUCGUGCUCGACAUUCCACGACAUGGCGGUCAUGGACAAGACCAAGACCACCAUUACGAGUCACAUGACCGACUGCUCGGCGAAAUGGAGCCUGGGACUCCUCGACUUUCCAAGAUUCCCGCCGGAUUCCGCCUCCUUGAUCAAAUGCCUCCGGGAAAAGGGGAUCGACUUCACCGAGGACAGUGCGGAAGCGUGGGAGGACCCGGCCAAUAAACCGUCGUGUAUGCAAACAUGGGUCGACAACAUUGUCAACGACAAGAUGCUCUGUAUGUGGCACUGCCUUACGAAGUUCAUAAAGACGAAGAACUCUGGCGAUUUUGCGCGAGACCAAUGCCUCCAAUGCGAUGAAUACACAUCUGGUCCAGCAUUCAUCAAGGGGGCCGGCGCCAAUCGCCGCUCAACAGGCAUCAGGAGCGACAUCAAACGCACGCAGCUUGAUGGCACCGAAUGGGUGGAGAAGAUUUGUCCGAUUGGCUUCUAUUCGCAACCCCCUCCCGCACUUCCGGAGGCGAGCUCGAUCUGCAUCACGAACCACGCCUGGUACUCCCUACGCUGGGCUUUCGAGAAUUCGUCCGGCAAUGUGGUUGGACCCUGGGCUCAAUAUCCUGUCUUUCAUAAGAAGGUGUGCAUGGACCUCAACAAGAUCAUACCGCCCCCGGGUCCGGGAACAUACCGCGCCCGGGUCGUUCCCGUUGGGGGAUUGGGCCAUUACACGACGACGCCGGAAGUGACCUUCAAGCCCGGCGUGGACCGCCAGAUCAGCAUCACUUGCCGGGGAACCACCCUGAACCCCAGUUGCACGAUCGACGGCAAGUGA